CCCCUACACCGGGACCGUCCUAUAAGCUUCCCCGUUGGUACACCCUGUCCAGAUUUUUUACCACUACACAUAUGUAAUUACACCUCGGGACGAACGUGGUCACCACGACAGGGGAAGUUUAAAACCUACUAGACCGGGGAAUGUAAAUCAAAAUCCAACAGUCAGUGAUAAAGGCGAUGGAAACCUCACUACAGAUCAUAUUAGCGGUAGUAGUUGGCUUUGCGCUCUGGGUUGUUGUUCCUGCCUUGUGGAGAUACUACGCCCUUUGCCAAAGGAUGAAGAAAUACGGGAACCCUGGCCCCGCCCAUCCAUUUUGGGGUCACGUAAAAUACUUCAACGAUAACGACUCAAUAACAAGUAUUUAUAAUACGGUAGCUGAGAGGAGUCAGUCAAAGAUGGUUGGAUUAUGGAUGACAUUUAUCCCUAUAAUACAAGCAGUUCACCCAGACACAGCGAAGCUCAUUCUACAGUCUUCCAAUCCGAAGCCCACUGCUCCUGGACAGCCAUACAAUGUCCUGAAGUCAUUUCUAGGCGAAGGAUUGGACACCAGUAACGGAAGUAAGUGGCAGCGAAACCGGAAGUUACUGACUCCAGCCUUCCAUUACGACAUACUUCGUCCUUACGUCAAAGUCUAUAAUAAAGCUGCGGAUGUUCUGUUGAAUACAUAUGCCAGGAAGAUGGCGGACGGAGCGAAGAGUGUUGAUAUCAUGGGGGAUUUGGGGCUAGCUCUUCUGGACAUCAUACUGAGAUGUUCCCUUUCCUACGAGGGAAAUGUACAGGAACAAGAGAACCACCCGUAUUCUCAUGCCAUUCGACGGAUCUCUGAUCUUAUAUUAAAGAGAUUUCUUGUUCCAUGGCACCUGCUAUCCUGGAGGUUGUACAUGAUGUCUGCUGACGGGAAGGAGUAUAAACGCCACAUUGAUUAUGUACACGGAUUUGCGGAGGACAUCAUAGCUAAAAGGAGGAAGGUGUUGCUGGAGGAUCCUUCACUUCUCAGUAACAAGAAGAGAUUGGAUUUCUUAGAUAUAUUGAUGACGGCAAAAGACGAAUCCGGGGCAGGACUGACAGACGAGGAAAUUCGGGAUGAGGUCGAUACUUUCCUUUUUGCAGGUCAUGACACGACAUACGCAGCACUUACAUGGGCCUUGUAUAACCUUGGGAAGUACCCAGCGGAACAGGAAAUCGUGUACCAGGAGGUGUGUGACGUCACUGGAGAUCGGCAGUAUAUCGAAUGGGAUGACCUCGCUAAGUUAACUAAGACGGCAAUGUUCCUCAAGGAAAAUUUACGGCUGUAUUCCCCUGGAGCAACCACGACUCGGCUACUCACAAAACCUCUUGAGCUGGAGGGACAAACAUUUCCUGUCGGAUCUACUAUUGGGGUCAAUUUUGCCGUACUACAUCGCCACCCUGAUGUGUUCGAGAACCCUGCAGAGUUUCGUCCGGAAAGAUUCCUUCCAGAAAAUGUAGCCAAGAGAAGUCCAUAUGCUUUUAUACCGUUCUCAGCCGGCUCAAGGAACUGUAUCGGGCAAAACUUCUCAAUGAACGAGCAGAAAGUGAUCCUCUCUAGAAUCGUAAAAAGGUUCAAAGUGAUAUUAGACGAGGAUCACGAGGUGAUUGAUUUGGUCAAGUUGGUGAUAGAACCAAAGAAUGGAAUCAAGAUCCGCUUCGAGGAGCGACAGUGAUUUACAGACACUUAACAGACUGAAUCAGUUAUAUGUGGCUCAAAAGGAUCGGGGUGAAAAUCCUUUUAUUGAUGAAAUGAUGCACCUUAGUUUUGUUAAGAAAUAUGGUAAACGCAUGCUGGGUAUUGCUAAAGCAAUACAUGUCCUCUAGCGGUCCCCCAUAAAAACAGUUGCAGUGACCCUGAUCUUGACCCCAAAACCCGACACUCAAACUUGACCUGUAGCAACUCUGAAGUUAUAUACCAACUUGUAUCGACAUACUCUGAAACAUAGCUGAGGAAAGUGCGGACAUCUAGAUGGACGGAUGGACGGAUGGAUAGACCGACAGACAGAAAAACGGAGAUAUAAAAGAUUUUACUGAUGUUAAGUGCCAAAGUAUCGAUACAUCCAUAAAAGUCGACAAGUGAAGAACGUAAUGUCAAAUUCUAGUUAAGUAGAUGUUUAAUACCAAUCCAAAUGACGCCGAGUGUUAGUUAGUUUAACACUAUUAUUGUUCAUUAUUCAUUUAAAAAUUCAUACAGUUUUAUAAUUUGGGAUCGGAAACAUGCUUAUAUCGAUCCCUUUCCAAAUGCUGCUUUAUACUUAUCAGAUUCUUCACAUGGUAAAUCCCCUUGUUGCUAGGGACUAGUUAGUAUGGGAAAAGGAAAAUGAGCUGAUACACGUGAUGACGUUACAACUAUAGCAUUUCAAACUUCCUGGCCUUUGACCUUUACACAUAUUCGACAGGUUGGCAGUUAAUGUAAACAAGACAGACAACGUAAACAUGGCACACAGCCCCAGAAUAUUAUUCCAGAUUAACGACAUUAUGAGUACUGGUGGGAAAGGGUGGUUGACAUUUAUUAAUCGCUGUGGAACCUACCCCAAGUUUACAGAUCAUCUGCCUGGGAUAAAUGAAUGUGUUGAAAAUACCGAUCACAAAAUUACAAUAAACACGUACUUCAAUGUGGCGACGAUAACACUUAUUAGUGCAGCGUGUGAAAUAUUCGAUGGAAAGAGUGUUCCUUGACCUAUGGUCAGCGUCGCCUACCACCAACUAAACCCUUAUAACGAAUUUCUUCACUAAAUAAUUUCCUGUGGUACGUUUGCCACCUUGCAUACCACUAUUCGCCAUAUAUGAUAUAUAAACGUUCUCAAUCACUACUUUGGUCGUCGUGGAACACUCUAUGUAAAUACUACCGGCACAGUAAAAUAGUUACGCUCCAGUGAUUUCGUCUAGGUAUUCGGAGAUAUGUGCACGAUGUUUUUGUUAAUAUUGGAUGUAUUACCCCAUACAAUGUAUGAGCACAGAUUAGUAUCCAAUGACAAUGUCAAUGACAAUGAAAUUGUUUAUUCUCAAAAAACAGUACAGCGCAGAGAAUAUGAACAUUAACAAAUGGAUAAUAAAACUACAUUAUAAAACAA